AUGCUGGACACCGGCAACUUUGUUCUCUAUAAUUCACAUUCAGAGAUCAUAUGGCAAAGCUUUGACGCUCCAACAGACACCCUUUUACCCAGUCAGAAGCUUCGCCAAUUUGAAGAACCGAAAGAGUUGUUCUCUAGCGUCUCUAAGGACUAUCACUCCACUGGGAAGUUUCGGAUCUUAAUGCAGGAGGACGGAUACCUAGCGCAAUAUCCAGCAGAUAGCCCGAAUUCAGUAAAAUAUGGUUACUGGGAUUUUGGAAUAUACAUAGCCGAAAACAAUUUGACACUAAAUCUUGAUGACAAUGGCCAAUUAUACUUGCUCAACACCAGUGGCAAUAUGAAGAAUCUGUAUGAUGGAGGAAAUGUCUCUGAUAAACUGAUGUACCGCAUGACACUCGACGUAGAUGGAAUAUUCAAGGUUUACUCAUACGGCUUGAAUCGGAGUGAUGAUGAUUGGAAAGUUGAGUGGUCACCUAAUUCCGUCGACAAGUGUGAUCCUAAAGGGGUGUGUUGCCAGAAUCAAUAUUGUACCUUGAUGAAUCAAGAAGCUGUUUGUACAUGUCCUCCUGGUUAUGUUUUGAUCGACGAGAGCCAGAAGGACUCGGGCUGCAACAGAAAUUAUGUUAGGAAUGGGAAUGUUUCACCUCAUUUUUAUCAGUUAGACAAUGUUGUUUGGUUCAAUGAUUCGUAUUCCAUACUUAGCAACACGAGCAGAACUGCUUGCGAAGACGAGUGUUUGAAAGAUGACGACUGUGAAGUUGUGCUCCAUAAAGAUGACCAGUGCAUGAAACAAAGGCUUCCACUAAAAUUCGGAAGACUGCAGAAUGAUCCAGUAAUUACACUAGUCAAAGUAGGAGGCAGAGAAUUCAAAAAAGAAAAGCAAUUCAAAGUUCUUAUUGCUAGUGUUGCGCUUGAGCAAGCAACCAAUGGCUUUGCGGAAGAAUUGGGGAAAGGAGCUACAGGGACAGUGUUUAAAGGGCUUAUAUCAAACGGCAAGAGAGUUGUUGCCGUUAAGAGACUAGAGACAGUGGUGGCUGAAGGCGAAAGAGAAUUCCGAAAUGAGAUGAAAGUAAUUGGAAGAACCCAUCACAAGAACCUAGAAAAGUUGCUUGGUUAUUGUAACGAUGGAACUAAUAGGCUUCUGGUGUAUGAGUUCAUGAGCAAUGGGUCACUUGCAGAUGUCCUUUUCAAGUCUGAAACAAAGCCAAGAUGGGAGGAAAGAGUUAGAAUUGCGGUGAAUGUGGCUAGGGGCAUUCUGUAUCUGCACGAGGAGUGCGAGACUCAGAUCAUCCACUGCGAUAGAAAACCUCAAAACAUCCUACUGGAUGAAAGGCAUUGUGCAAAAAUUGCGGAUUUUAGGUUGUCAAAGCUGAUGAACCUCAACCAAACCAGGACUAAUACUGGAGUGAGAGGAACGAGGGGUUAUGUCGCGCCUGAAUGGCACAUGAAUUUGCCUGUAACGGUGAAAGUAGAUGUGUUUAGCUUUGGGAUCUUGUUGCUGGAGAUUAUAUGUUAUCGAAGAAGCCUGGAUCCAGACCUUAGCAAUGAACUAUAA